UUGAAACUUCAGGGGCACGCAUCUUUCGCCUAUAUGCAAACCCCCUAAACCCCGAUUCAUUUUUCUUCUUGCUGCUCUGUUUAGUGGUGUGGGAGAUCGCUAAACCCUCAAAAGAUGUCGUCUUCUCUUCCGCCUGGUUGUCGAUUUUACCCUUCCGACCAGCAUCUUCUCUGCUACUACCUCACCAGCAAGAACCACACGAAUAUAGACGCUGACGAUGGCAAUCGGAACGUGAGCGGCUACGAUUUGAUAAAGGAGCUUGACUUGUACAGCCACGAGCCGUUUGAUUUACCGGAAAAUGCGUGCUAUGCAUACGGAUGCGGGGGUAGGAAAAGGCAUUGGUAUUGUUAUACGAAUGUUAGGUUUUUGAGCGAAGGCAGAGGAGGGAGGAGCAGGAGGGCGAAGGGAGGGUAUUGGAGGAGGAGCGGUAGGGUUAGGAAUGUCGUAGAGCCCGGUGGGAAGGUUGUGGUGGGGACGAGGACUAGGUUCGUUUUUUAUUUGGAGAAUUCGGUGAAAAAUGCAACCAGGACUGAUUGGGUCUUGUAUGAAUAUUCCCUAAAUGAUCAUGUGAAGGCUUCUUAUGUCCUUUGCCGAGUAUUUUUCAAGUCUCGUGGUGGAAAUAGCAUUUCAGAGAAUAUGUUAAGUUCCUGUGCUGAAGAAAGUGUUUCUGCUGUACGUCAUGUUGGGAUUCAACAUGAUGGAUUUCUUACACCUGACAUAGUUGAAGCUAAAGUGCAUCAGAGCAGUACUGUUGAUAGGAAGAAUGAUUUGUCAAGAUAUGCUAUGAGACUAAGUACUGAGUUGGGUGAUCAAGUCACUACUACACCUAUUUCUGAUGGCAGUUUUCAGUUUCCUUCAGCCAGCCAAUCCAAUGUUGAAUCUAAUAAGCCAGUUAGUACGCCUGGACUUUCUGGUGGUGACAUAUUUGUAGAUGCUGAAACUGAUCAACACUUAGUAUCCAUUCUAAAGGGAGAUUUCAUAGAGCUGCAUGAUCUAGUGGAUUGAUCAUCCAACAAUGUUUAAAGGAUCGUUUUUGAAAGACAUGUGGAUAUUAACCUAAUGGGUUAGGUUAUCGCUCAAAGUUAUUGAUUCAUGGAAUUAGAAGUUAUAGGAGUUUAAAUCCCAGCUAGAAGGAGUUUACAAGACAUAGAAGGCAUUCAAAUGCGCAGCUGAAAAAUAGAAGGGUUUAGAAUUCAGUUGAAAGAAGAGGUUUAUGUUAUGAGAAAUCUUAUAUAAAACAUUAAGUAAAGAAAUGGAAGAUAUUAAUGUUUUGUGGAGCGUUCAAAAUUUAAAUGAUGAACUCAUACUGUUAGUUAUGAUGUUCAGGGAGAUAUCAUAGCAACUUGCUUCAUUUGUCGAGGCAUUUUUCCUCCAGUGGAAUCUGAACAAGAUUGAUGUGUCAGAUGAUGGUAAAUCCAAGUAAAAAAGAAAAAAAAAGAAAUAUCUCUGAGAAUUGCUGCUUCUCCUGACUUUAUCAACUCUCUUUUGUAGUGAUACCAUUGAUGAUGGAGUGUUUCAUGUCUUUUUAUAUGUGGAAAAACUGUACUUUUCCCUUGUUUCUCAAGUUCCUUUCUUUAACAAGGCCCCUUGUUCUCUGUCUCACCUAUUUUCAGUUUCUCAAGUUGCAGGGUAGAUUUAUCUUUAUGAUGUAAUGGAUGGGACUUUGUUCCUCCUCGCCUUUCUGGCAAUUUCAAUUAGCUUAGAAAGCCUAUCACUGUUUAGCUUGACAUGUAAUCUUCUGAGCUUCCUCAUAGCAAGACCUGGAUAACAAUGUCACCGAGUGUGCAUGCUAAAUGAGCUUUUGCAAUUUUGUUUAUAA